AUGGGGAUUAUCCAACGACUACCAGAUGAUGUUGUGAAUAGGAUAGCUGCAGGAGAGGUUGUUGUCCGAGCAGCAAAUGCAGUAAAGGAGUUGAUUGAGAAUAGUCUGGACGCCGGUGCAACGGAAAUCAUUGUUACGGUCAAAGAUGGUGGCAUGGGCUUACUACAAGUUCAGGACAAUGGAAAAGGUAUUCACAAAGACGAUUUGGACAUAAUCUGUGAACGGUUUACGACUUCAAAGCUCCGUAAGUUCGAGGACUUGCAGCAAAUGGCGACUUAUGGAUUUCGUGGCGAAGCGUUGUCAUCUAUAAGUCAUGUUGCAAAGGUUUCCAUAUUCUUUGAGAAUCGAGUUUUGAUAAAAGAAUUUAGUGAAUGCCGUAAGAAUGUAGCAACAUGUUCCACUCAGAUCGAUGAGAAGGGAGUGUGUUUUCUUCUUGUUCGGCAUCAUCAAACUACUUGUAAUAUGAAGAAUUCUCUUUCAGAUGGAAAACUUGAGUCGAUUAGGGCAUCGGCCGGACUGGAUGGCACUUGCAUAGCGGCUGAGGAUCUUUUCUACAACUGUCCUAGUAGGAGAAAAGCAUUUCGGAACCAUGCAGAUGAAACGAAUAGGAUUGCAGACGUUAUUAUGCGUUAUUCCGUGCAUCGCCCGUUGCACUAUAGCACCGAAGUGUGUUUGACGUCACCUGUAUCAUCAUCUACAGCUCGUGGAAUCCAGGCUAAGAAGGUAAGAUUCUUGCAUUGUGGUCCUGCUCUACAGAACCAGCAAAAGACCUUCUUCCUCUUCAUAAAUGGUCGUCUAGUACAGUGUCCAGCACUGAAGUUUGCCAUCGAUUCAUUAUUCACCGAUCGAGAUUUAGUCUGUCCAUUUGCACUUGUUUCGUUAAUGAUCGAACCAUGCCGUGUUGAUGUGAACGUGCAUCCUACCAAAGAGACUGUGAUGUUUCUUGAAAAAGAAGCCAUCAUUGAGGAUCUGCAAAAGGUACUUGAUGUUGAUUCAUUCAGCAACAAUUCAGAUAAUGGAGCUUCUCCAUUACAAAGCCCAUCUGCCACUAAGAAACGUGUGGACUACACGUGGACAGAUUUAAUAGCAAAAGGAGAGCUGUUUUUUUCAAUAUAUUUUUGUCAGAUAGUACGAGUGGAUACAAAAGAACGUCGCUUGGAUGAGUUUAUAUCAACCUCCAGUGCUGCUUCAUCUUCAUCUUCGGUCGAUUUAGUAAAAAUUUUAGGAAGUCAAGAAGACAGCGCUUGCGAGGCAGAUGCCAAUGGUCAAAGAGUAUUCGAAUUUGAGUCCCUUGACAAAUUGAGAAAGCGGAUCUGUGAUAAUCUGUCGCAGCCACUUAGGUGUGUGGCAGCACUGGAGCUUCUUGAAUCUCAGUCAGCCAUGCUCAAUGACUAUUUCUCGAUUGAAAUAUUGCGUCUUGAUGACGUCGAUCAGAGACUUAGAAGACUGGACACGUUAUAUUUAGCAGCAAUUCCCUCCAUUAUUGAUGGAUACGUUCCUCAACUGGAAGGUUUACCUAGAUUGCUUGUAAGCCUCGUGAAAGAGGUCGACUGGGACCAGGAGGAAACAUGUUUUGAUGGUGUUUGUCGUGUUUUGGCUCAGUUUUUCAUGAUAAAGAAAGAAUUCUGUAAAGUUGUUUGUAUAGGUCUGGACGAAAGACCCAUACCUUGGUUGGCAGUCGUUCGUGACAUUCUCGUUCCGCGAGUGAAAUCGCACUUGAUACCACCAGAUUCAUUAAAGGAUGGUAUUGUUCGGCUUGCUGACUUACAUGAUUUGUAUAAGGUUUUCGAAAGGUGCUAA